AUGGAAGUCUCGCAGACAACAGCUGCUCCAGGCACAAGCGAGCCAGCAGAGAGCGGACCCUUGGUCAUUACUGUCACAACGACGGAACCCGGCUCUACUUUCACAACCACGCUGGAUAGAACGUUCCCUGCGUCCACAAUCACAGCGCCUGGAAACACAAUCACGGUUAUAUCCGCGUAUACGACGACUUUGAUAAGUAUAAGCACGGUACCGGCUUCAGUUCAUCUGGUUACCCUUACUUACACGCAGCCAACGACUGUGGUCUCGACCGAGCUGGUGCCUACCACAGCAAUCUCUAGUGAGUUAUCUGUAAGCACCUUGACUACCUAUCUACCUGGUAGCACCUUCGUGAGUCAGCCAGCCCUCUCACACACAUGUGCAUCCACUGAAACCAAGACAGACGACGACUUUUGAGACUGUGUACCCUGCUUCUACUCUGACCAUCUCGAUACCUGGUCCAACAACGACGGAACUUUCCUUUGUCACGCAGCCCGCAUCUACUGAUUACGUGACCAGUGUCUCCACGGCUCCGGGUACAACCAGCACGCUGGAAGUUACGUACACGCAGCCUGCGAGCACGAACAAUGUGACGCAGAUAUUGAUAUCCACAAUGUUCUCCGCGGUGCCGGCCAGUACGCUUACUCUGGGGGAAACCACCACGAGCUUUGGAGAGCUGGUGACUUUUACUGGCCUCAGCACCCUUCCGGGAACAACGGUGACCGACGAAGUCACAUACACUUCGGUUUCCACCCCUGAAACGAGGAAUCUGACUGAAAGUCUCGAAGUGACCCAGACGUCUCUUUCCAUCAGUACAGGUACGUAUACUCUGCGAAUCUUUCGAGAUCUGCAGCGCCUGGCAACAGCAGGCGACUCGUCUCGGCCCAAGAUCUCGGGACCUCUCCUUCCUUUCACACGGCAUAAACUCGUGGACGAGGAGCCUUCGUAAAGAGGCGUCUUAUUUUCGCCAAGCUUGGCAGUUCGAUGAGGGAUCUCCUUCGAAUGCUUGGCGGUCACUGGAAGGGUGGCUAAUUCUUCUUCAGCCAUUAUCACAAUGUCCGCGAGUACGAUGACGCUCGAGUAUACGACCUCCUUGGAGGGAUCCCUAUCCGUUUUCACGGAAACUACCUGGCUACCAGCCUCCACUGUUACGGAAACUAUUACAUAUACGCUCUUUCAGCCCACGACGCUCUUCCAGCCGACCACAGUCCCGGAAUCAUUGACCACAACUCUUCAGCUGGUCUCGACAGUCGUUUCGAGCUACAUUAGUCUGGUUCCAGUGACCUUUACUACAGUCUUGAUAUCUACAGCUCCAGGUAUGCUUCACCCAGACAUUUUGGACUGAUUCGAAGUCUGCCCUCUCCAAGCUUUCCACCAAGAUCUAUAUCGAUAGCGAGACGCAGACAACGAAGAACCCACCUUGGAAAACGAUUUUCUAUGGCGAAAUGCCGCUCGACGAGUUUGUGGAGAGGGAGCCUAAUUCUGACGCUUUGUAGGGACUACCAUCACUUCGACUUUAACCUACAUCUCGAUUUUAACCCUUCCUGGUCCGACGUUAGUUAGCACGCAGCUUGCUUCUACUGUGUAUUCGGAUCUUCCCGUUUCAACGCGCACUGAGACCCUGAUAACGACCUUUUUGAGCUCCUUUCCGGUUACUUACAUCCGCACGCUCGUCUCAACGGCUCCUGGUAAGCAGAGCUGCUCACGCGAUUCUUUCGGCAUCUGAAAUCUCCUGCUGACUCCUCCAAGGAACCACCAUCACGUCUUUGACCACUGAAGUCCGAUACACUACUUCGUUGAUCAUUUCAACCGCCCCUCAAGAGACAUAUACCACUAUUUCAGUCCAGCCAGCGAGCACAUACCUUUCGACUCUGCUUAGUUCAUAUCCCGUUACAGAGAUCAGUACUUUGACUAUCACCGCUCCAGGUAUGGUCUUUCUUCUUGCCGCUGAGCGAUACAUGAAGUUUGCUAAUAUUCGCCAGGAACUACCUUUACUUCGGAGACGACCUUGGUCCAAUUCGAAACGCAGACCAUCUUCAUCACUUUGCCGCCAUCUACCCUGCCGGCUGCCACAGUCACCUCGGUUUUUCCCGCAUCAACUUUGCCGGCCAGCACAUAUUAUUCUACAGUUCUCAGCUCCUAUCCUGUGACCUUUACGACGGUCUUGAUUUCCACGGCUCCUGGUAAGUCUAGAGCCAUCAGUGCAAAGCAAUCCGUACGCAGUUCAAAGUCUCAUGUGCCUCCAAAAGCGCGUGGUGCACAAGCUUCUGGUGGUUGGCUUGCUUUGCUCGGAAGCGUCUCCUAGCCUGGAGAAGACCAAAUGCCCCUGAACAGCUUUUCUGCGAUGCAAGAUGCCAUUGAGCGGGGAAAAUAUUGGAGAGACCCUCGGAUUUUCUUGUUGACUAACGAUUUCCAGGCACAACGCUAACCUCCACUUCCACCUACGUAUCCUAUGUCACUCAAACCCUUACUCAACCGCCUUCGACAUAUAUCACAACCGCCCUGAGUAGUUAUCCGGUAAUAUAUACGCAACUCGGGCCCACACAGACGUAUCUUAGUAGUUACGCGGUCACCUACACGCAGCCUGCAAGCACGAUCGUCACAACGGCGCCCGCACAAACCAUCUUCUCCAAUCUCCCGCCAUCCACGGUUAUCACUACGCAGCAGACCACCGUGGUGUCGCUACAGCCGACGACCGUCGUCCUCACGGUCACAUCCAGUAACACUGUCACAUACACGCAGCAAACCACCGCCAUCUCGACUCAACCUACAACAAUAUUAUCGACUGUGGUCAAUAGCCGAACCGUUACCCAGACCCAGCCUGUGACAACCACAUCCGUGUCCUAUCAAACAGUUGUAUCCACGCUGGUUCAAACACAGAGUGUCACAUAUACACAGCAGACUACUCAGGUAUCUGUCCAGACAACCACCUACGUUACCACAGCCAUAUCAAGCGUACCGGUCACGUAUACGGCCACAGCGACCGCUCAGCUUCCUGCGUCGACUGUGACGGUAGUAACGACAGUUCGAGACAACCCGGCACCGACGCUCUGCGGCAACCAAGGCAUGCAGUUCGAGGCUGCCUACAACCCGCAAACCUACGGCAGCGCCGAUGCAUACACUGCUUACGACCCGGGGUAUCUCAAAGCGCCGGCAGUAGGAGGCACCAACCAGCAGAUAUACGUAACUGGCGUCACAAACCAGGUCGGAAUCUCUUCCGGAUGCACCAGCGGAAAUUUCACCCUGUAUGGGUAUUCCGUUCCUUGUCAGCAGUACUCUGUCAACCACCGCGGCUAUUUCUACGUCUAUUCCACCGGAACAUGGACUUUCACCCUCUCCAGCGUGGACGACGCGGCGGACCUCUGGGCCGGGUCGUACGCGCAGCAAGGCUGGACGAAGGCCAACCUGAAUCUGGCGGUGUAUUUCGCAUACAGCAAAGGCGUGCAGCAGGGCAGCGUGACGCUGAAUCUCACGGCUGGCACCUAUCUUCCCAUCCGAGUCAUCCAUGGACAAUCGGUCGGAGGCGCGUCGUUUGGCUUUUCGAUCAUCGACCCGGACGGGAACAUCGCCAUCAACUCCAAUAGCGUCUCUUCGCCGUACGUGGUGCAGUAUUCCUGCGAUAAGAGUGCAGCGCCGACCUAUGCGUACGCGUUUGGCGCGGAGCAGUAG